AAACACACACACACACACACAGGGACAAAGAUGGGUAAGAGAAGGAUGUCUGAAAGCUAUACCAUCCCGGCUUCAGCUGAUGCGCUCCGGUACGCGCGAGAGAGCGCACACGCGUGAACGCAGUUGUAUGUUUUUAUGUGCGAGGCGCAACGUGCGGCAGAGACACGCGGGGUAACCGAGCAAACAAGGAUGUCGACUGCUGCUGAACAGCCAAAACAUUGCCCAGACUGUGGAGAGCUGUGCGGUUUUGGUGACGUCCCGAAGAAGCACACUUGCCAAAUGAUCUGUCUGACACCAAGACGUAAAUCCGAAGGGGCCCUGAUGGCUCUUUCCGCCCAGACACAAAGCUCUUCCUCCAUGGGGAACAUCGAGCUCAGCCAACCCUCACAUCUGGAGCUCUUGGACGCACUAAGCCUGGCUCCUUCAGCCACAUCUCCUCUUGCUCAUUUGCUGGUUCACCAAUGUUCUCCGACACUCCUGUCCUCUACUGCCCCUUCCUCAUUGUCUCCAUUCUCCAGGCCUGAGCAAGCAUUAGCCCAAAUGAGCACACCAUGGCAGGCCAGGUUAGCCAUGGAAGCUGGGCUCCAGCAGCUGACCCUGGAGGUUCAGGAGCAUGUAUCCAUACGGCUGGGGUCCUUGCAGGACGAGGUGAGGAGGAGGAACACAGAGGUGCACAGGGCUCGAAGGGAAAGCGAGAGAAUGGAGAAGGAAAAGCAAAACGCAGAGGAGAAGGCAGCAGAGCUGGAGCGCCAGGUGGAGGUUUCUGUGGAGAUGCUAGCCAGCCUGAGGAAAGAGCUGAUGGAGAGAGAAGAGGAGCUCAGCCUCAAACAGCAAGAGUCUGUGACUUGGACAGGUUUGUCCAAGAGACCGCUUUGAAGGAAGCGAGCGCCAAGCUUCGCCUGCAGAGCUUCAUCGAGAAUCUGCUAGAGAGAGCCGAGCGAGCCGAGCGACAGCUACAGGAGCUGCACACACCCUCACGUAUCACAUCACCCGACGGCUCCUUCACAGUUGCUGGAGGAGCGUUACACCAAAGGUGCUACAGUGAAUCUGCCAUUUCCAGGUGCUGCUAUUCACAAUGUGAUCACACAGGAAGCCCGGUGCAUAGAUCGGAGGUGUGUGAGGUGCUUUGUGAAGUGCAGUGUUACCAGAAGAACCCUUCAGACAUGGAGGCUGAUUCAGACAGCUGGUCCGUCUAUAGCACCGAGUCACUAGAGGGUCUGAAGCAACAUUACAGAAUCUACAACAAGAGAGAAAACCCCGCCUUCCGGCAUCACAGCCGUCAUCGUGGCAACAGGCCUGACCGAUCGGCAAUGUGUUUGAAGCAAGUGAAGAGGAGGGCGUGGCUUUUCUGCGUCUUUCCUUACCUAGACACACACUCGCUCCUCACUGCUGCACAGGUGUGUAAGGAUUGGUGGAGUGUUGCCCAUCACCCUGCAAUGUGGAGCAGAGUAACACUAGAAAAUAACCGCAUUUCAUCAAAGUUUAUGGUGACUAUGGCUCAGUGGUGUAGUGAGACACACACGCUCGUUCUACACAAUCUAAAACCUCGUACACGUGCCAAGAAGGAAAGUAAAGAAGAGUAUUUAAAGAACACAAGAGGGUGCCUGGAGGCAGGGCUGGAGGCGGUACUAAGAGCAGCAGGGCGGAGUCUCGUGGCUUUGACCGUCUCUCAUUGCACCAACAUUUUGACAGACAGGACUCUAUGGUUGGUCAGUUGCCACUGCAGAGCUCUGCAGACACUGACAUACAGGAGCUCAUCAGAUCCUGUGGGUCAGGAGGUGAUCUGGGCUUUAGGGGCAGGAUGUAGAGACAUUACCAGUCUAAAGAUUGCACCACUCCAGCCAUGCCAGCAGCCAAGUCGCUUUAGUAACCGCUGCUUGCAGACGAUUGGUCGAUGCUGGCCUCGCCUAUAUCAGGUGGGAGUGGGUGGAGCCGGCUGUGGUCUUCAGGGAUUAACCUCUUUGGUGAGGAACUGCCCUGGUGUGUGUGUGCUGGAGUUGGACCACAUGAGUGAGUUGAGCCAGCAGGGGGCAGCAGAACUGUGCAGGGAAGGACUACAGCAAAUACACACACUCAUCUUUAACUACACACCUGUUACUGCCAAAGCCAUCCUGCACUUUCAUAGUGUGUGUUUAAGGCUGAAGUGUAUCAUAGUGACCAUGAGUUCUGCAGAUUUCUUUGACGACCAUGAGAGUCAAGAAACCAGGAGAAUUUUUUAUGAGAUGGUCACCAGCCUGCAGGCGUUGAAAAAGAGGCCUGGGUUGUCAGACAUCCUUCAUGUCAGAGUGGACCAGGGUGACAAUCUACCGGCUCUUAAAGAAACCAAACACACACAUACACACACACACACACACACACACACACACACACACACACAAACACACUCACACACACACACACACACACACACACACACACUCACACACACACACACACACAAACAAACAAACAUAAUCCUUUAAGUAAGCAUCACGUUUGGGCUGUAUUAUACUGUAAUAUUUAAUGUCUAACAUUUACACACACACACACACACACACACACACAUACC